GCCCGGGGCUCUGCUGCAGCGUCUUCCGCAGGUCUCGCGGCAGGCUAGCGGCUCCGUCGCCCCUCCGGCCCCAUGGCAGCCCCCGGCUCCCCGGCAGAGUGCGGCUACAUCCGGACAGUCCUGGGCCAGCAGAUCCUGGGGCAGCUGGACAGCUCCAGCCUGGCUCUGCCCUCCGAGGCCAAGCUGAAGCUGGCGGGGAGCAGCAGCCGCAGCAGCCAGGCGGCCAAGAGCCUGCGGAUCCAGGAGCAGGUGCAGCAGACCCUGGCCCGGAAGGGCCGCAGCUUGGUGGGCAACGGAAAUCUUCAUCGAACCAGCAGUGUUCCUGAGUAUGUCUAUAACCUGCACUUGGUUGAAAAUGAUUUUGCCAGUGGGCGUUCUCCUGGUACUAAAACCUAUGAUAUGCUAAAGCCAGGCACCACUGCCACUUAUGAAAAUCGCUGGGGGAGAGGAACCGCACAGUACAGUUCACAGAAGUCAAUGGAAGAACGAUCCUUGAGGCAGCCUCUGAGGAGACUUGAGAUUUCUCCAGACAGCAGCCCUGAGAGGAUUCAUUACUCACACAGUGAUUACCAGUACAGCCACAGAAGCCAGACCGGGCACACUUUGCGGCACCAAGACAGCAGGAGAUCCACCCUCCUUCUGCCACCUAGAUAUGCUCGCUCCGAGAUUGUUGGUUUCAGUCACUCUGCAGCCAUGAGCAAACAUCGCCACUAUGACACCUACCACAGACAGUACCAGUACGGCUCUGUUAACGAUGCCGUUUUUGACCCUGUUCCCGUCAACCCGGUGGUGCUCACGUACCCCAGGCCCGGGACCAGUCACAGCAUGGGCAACCUUUUGGAGAAAGAGAACUAUCUGACUUCAGGGCCUGCCGCUGGGCAGGUCAGGCCACUGGUGCCCCUGCAGCCUGUCACUCAGAACAGGGCUUCUCGGUCCUCCUGGCAUCAGAGCUCCUUCCACAGCACUCGCAUGGUGAGGGAAGCCGGGCCCAGUGUCACUGUGGAUUCAGGCGGGAGGAGGACACACAUGACUGUUGGCCAAGUGGCAGCAGGUGGAGGAAGUGGGAACAUGCUCACGGAGAGAAGCGCUUUCACCGACUCCCAGCUCGGGAAUGCAGACGUGGAGAUGACUCUGGAGCGAGCAGUGAGCAUGCUGGAUGCAGACCACACACCAGCACCCAGAAUUUCUGCGGCAGCUACUUUCAUACAGCACGAGUGCUUCCAGAAAUCUGAAGCACGGAAAAGGGUUAAUCAGCUUCGUGGCAUCCCCAAGCUUCUGCAGCUCCUAAAAGUUCAGAAUGACGAUGUUCAGCGAGCCGUGUGUGGGGCCCUGCGAAACUUGGUAUUUGAAGACAAUGACAACAAGUUGGAGGUUGCUGAACUCAACGGGGUACCUCGGCUACUCCAGGUGCUGAAGCAAACUAGAGACUUGGAGACUAAAAAGCAAAUAACAGGUUUGCUGUGGAAUUUGUCAUCUAAUGACAAACUCAAGAAUCUCAUGAUAACAGAAGCCUUGCUCAUCCUGACUGAGAAUAUCAUCAUCCCCUUCUCUGGUUGGCCAGAAGGAGACUACCCCAAAGCAAACGGUUUGCUCGAUUUUGAUAUAUUUUACAACGUCACAGGAUGCUUAAGAAACAUGAGCUCAGCAGGCCCUGAUGGGAGGAAAGUGAUGAGAAGGUGUGAUGGACUGAUCGACUCGCUGGUUCAUUAUGUUAGAGGAACCAUUGCAGAUUACCAGCCAGAUGACAAGGCCACGGAGAACUGUGUGUGCAUUCUUCAUAACCUCUCCUACCAGCUGGAGACAGAGCUCCCAGACAGAUAUUCCCAGAGUAUCUAUAUUCAAAAUCGGACUAUCCAGGCCGGCAACAACAAAAGUAUUGGGUGUUUUGGCAGUCGAAGCAGGAAAAUAAAAGAGCAAUAUCAGGACAUGCCAAUGCCGGAAGAAAAGAGCAACCCCAAGGGUGUAGAAUGGCUGUGGCAUUCCAUUGUGAUAAGAAUGUAUCUGUCCUUGAUCGCCAAGAGUGUCCGAAACUACACUCAGGAAGCGUCUUUGGGAGCUCUGCAGAAUCUCACAGCAGGAAGUGGACCAAUGCCAACAUCAGUAGCUCAGACAGUUGUCCAGAAGGAAAAUGGCCUGCAGCACACCCGGAAGAUGCUGCAUGUUGGUGAUCCAAGUGUGAAAAAGACAGCGGUCUCCCUGCUGAGGAAUUUGUCUCGGAAUCUCUCUCUGCAGAAUGAAAUUGCCAAAGAAACUCUACCUGAUUUGGUUUCCAUAAUUCCUGACACAGUCCCGAGUACUGACCUUCUCAUUGAGACUACAGCCUCUGCCUGCUACACAUUGAACAAUAUAAUCCAAAAUAGUUACCAGAAUGCACGGGACCUUCUAAACACUGGGGGCCUGCAGAAAAUCAUGACUAUCAGCUCAGGCGAUGUUUAUGCCUCCAACAAGGCAAGUAAAGCUGCUUCUGUUCUCCUCUAUUCUCUGUGGACGCACACGGAGCUCCAUAAUGCCUAUAAGAAGGCUCAGUUUAAGAAGACAGAUUUUGUCAACAGCCGGACUGCCAAAGCCUACCACUCCCUUAAAGACUGAGAAAAUGAAACAGAGCUCUCCGAAAUCUCAACCAUCCGCAGCCAUAAAAAAGCCCCAGAGGAAAACACCUAUUUUUCUACUUCCCAGCCCAAGAAA